AUGAACCGGAAAAAGCUCAAGAAGCAAGUAUGCAGAAAGCUUUUGUUUGAAAUGAUUGAACCGUUGAAUGAUGCACCGGAUGAAAUUCUGAUAAGUGCAUCGACAAGCCCAGUUGCAAGUACAUCAAAGGCACUUACCGUUUUUGAAGAAAUUGAAAAGGCUUACAGUAAAGGUCCAGUAAAUAUAGAUUAUGCACACGUGGGAAUCCCAGGUACGUCAACUCUAAACUCCGUCCAAAUCACCGAUGAUGGGUUGAAUACACCAAAUGAGCAGACUCGAAGAACCAUUACACCAAGUACCAUUUCGACUAAUUUGACAGUUGAUGAGGGCUUUCGUUAUGGGGAUUCAAAAGCAGUAAAACGACAAGGUCGUAAACGUAAUUGUAAAACUAAUAAACGUUAUAUUGACUACUUAUCCGAUGAUGAAGAUUUUUUUACAUUUUUUAAUUGCGACGAGGCUGAUUUGGAUUCGGAUGAAUAG